CUAUGUGGAACAGUUCAAAAGUGAUGCCAAUUUGUGGAGUUUUCUGAUGAUUGGCAUCGGAGUAGCGUUUUUUGUUUGCAGUUAUAUACAGAUCGCCACCUUUAGUACCGCCGCUGACAAUCAGACACACAGAAUGCGUAUCCUAUUCUUCAAAUCCAUUCUCAAACAAGACAUCACUUGGUUUGACACCAAAACUUCCGGUGAUUUUGCCUCAAAGAUUACAGCUGAUUUGGAUAAAAUACGCGACGCGAUUGGCGAUAAGGUGGCACUUUGUAUAUAUUCAUUAUCAACCGUAUUGUUUUCAUUGGGAACCGCUUUCUAUUACGGCUGGGAAUUGACUUUAGUUAUGUUAUCGACUGUACCCAUCAUUUUGAUAACAUUUGUAAUCAUUGGAAAACUUCAGGGAAAGUUUUCCACCACUGAAGCCGAUUCCUAUAGCAAAGCCGGGGCUGUGGCUGAAGAAGUUUUGGGUGCCAUUCGGACAGUGUAUGCUUUCGGUGGCCAAACCAAAGAGAUUGAUAGAUACGACAAGAAUUUAGAGCCGGCAAAGAAAAGUGCUGUCCGACGGCAAAUGUUUACAGCUAUUGGUUUGGCCGUUAUGUUUCUCGGUAUGUUCUGUACGGAUGGACUGGCCUUUUGGUAUGGCGUCCGACUAAUUAUUAGAUCGAUUCGUGAUAAUAACCAUCUGUACGAUUCGGGUACAAUGAUUAGUGUGUUUUUCAAUGUAAUUAUGGGUGUAAUAAAUUUGUCACAAAUUGGCGGUUAUGUCGACGCUUUUGCAAUGGCCAGAGGUUGUGCGCCACUGAUAUUUAACGUAAUGAAAAGAGUACCUGAAAUUGAUAGCAGCUCUGAAAGUGGUAGCAAAUUAGAUGAUUUUAAAGGACGAGUAGAAUUACGUUCGGCUAAAUUCAGUUAUCCGGCCCGACCCGAUGUUCCCGUAUUGAAAGGACUUAGUCUAGUGGCAGAACCGGGUCAGACAGUAGCACUGGUCGGUCCCAGUGGUUGCGGCAAAAGUACUGUCAUUCAAUUGAUUCAACGAUUUUAUGAUGUCAGCGAUGGCCAGGUUUUGAUUGAUAACGUAAAUAUUAAGGAUUUGAAUGUCGGUUGGCUUAGGGAUCAGAUCGGUGUCGUUGGACAGGAACCGGUAUUGUUUGACUGUUCAAUAGCUGAAAAUAUCAAACUUGGUUACAGUAAAGCUGGUGAUAAAGAUAUCUAUUCAUCGUCUAAAGACGCCAAUGCCUAUGAUUUUAUAAUGCAAUUACCGAAACGGUUUGACACUAUGGUUGGCGAAAGAGGUUCACAAUUGUCUGGCGGACAGAAACAGAGGAUAGCCAUUGCAAGAGCUUUAGUUAGAAAACCAAAGAUUCUUUUGUUGGAUGAGUCGACCAGUGCUUUGGAUAAUCAAAGUGAGUCCAUAGUUCAGGCGGCACUGGACAGGGCUAGUGUCGGACGAACCACUUUUAUUGUGGCCCAUAGAUUAACAACGAUAAGACAAGCGGAUAAAAUAAUUGCCAUAAAUAGUGGUAUUGUUGAAGAAGUGGGCACUCAUGAAGAAUUGAUGCAAAAAGAAGGACUUUAUUAUAAUUUAGUAAAAAGUCAACAAAGAAGUAAUGAUUUGGAUGACAAACCAACGGUAGAUUUGCCGGAAAAAAAUGGCAAACAAUUAUUGAUUUCACGAGCAUUUAGUGUGGAAAGUGGCAGAGAUUUAACUCUUAGACAACGAAACGGAAGUGUUAGCCAAAAGUCGAAAAAGACUGACGAAUCGGCACCUUUGAUGAGAUUAAUUAAGUUAUUAAAACCGGACAAAUGGUUGGCAACUAUUGGUUUAGUUAAUGCCGUAAUCUGUGGUCUACAAAAUCCUAUCUUUUCUAUCAUCUUUGGCGAACUUUUAGCCAUACUUUCCCAAUCAAAUAUCGACAAACUCAGUGAUGACACUGUUUGGUAUGCCCUGGCAUUUGUAGUGCUCGGUAUUGGCACCGGACUGACCACUUUUUUAAAUAUGUAUAUGUUUGGUAUGUGUGGCGAACGGCUAACAAUGAGACUGAGAAAGACUGUCUUCAAGACAAUGUUGCAACAAGAGAUCGGAUGGUACGACCAACCGGAUAAUAGUACAGGUGCUCUAUGUUCGCGACUAUCAUCAGAUACGGCCAGUGUCCAAGGGGCUUCCGGUGCUCGUCUGUCGACACUAUGCAACGCUAUUGUCACACUGGGAGCCGGUUCUGGAAUCGCAUUGUGGUACAGUUGGAAACUGGGACUGGUCAUCAGUUGUUUCAUACCGCUAAUAUUGGUGGCCACCUAUUUUCAGGCCACAAUAAUCGAAGGUCAGAUUACCGACGAUAAACAAACACAGGAAGAAGCGUCUCGUAUUGCUGUCGAAGCUAUCGGCAGCAUACGUACAGUGGCCUCAUUGCAUCGGGAGACGGCAUUCAUUGACAACUACACGAUAGCAUUGUCCACUCAGAUCAGGAGAUCGAGAAUUCGGGCACAUCUUCGGGGUGCGACUUUCGGUAUGGCUCAGAGUGUGGAAAACUUUUCCUAUGCCAUAGCCCUGCUCUACGGCAGUAGACUAGUACUGGACGGACAGCUUAGUUAUGGCGAUCUGUUUAAAUGUGUUGAAGCCGUCAUUUUGGGAACAGGAAUGGUUGGCCAAUCAGUUGCAUUUACACCGGACUAUCAAAAAGGAAAGAUAGCUGCGGGACGUAUAUUCAAAUUAUUAGAUAGAGUUCCCAAAAUAAUAGUCAAUCCGUUUAGCGGAUUAAAACCGGAUAAAUGUGAAGGAAUAGUCAAAUUUUCAGAUUUGCAGUUUACAUAUCCGACCCGUCCGGACCAGAAAAUAUUGAAAGGAUUGUCUUUUGAAGUAUCGAAAGGACAAACUGUAGCACUGGUAGGUUCAAGUGGUUGUGGAAAGAGUACUAUAAUUCAAUUAAUACAACGAUUCUAUGAUACAGAUUCCGGUGAAAUUAAAUUAGAUAACAAAAGUUUGAAUAAUUUAAAUAUUCAAUGGUUAAGAAAUAAAUUGGGUAUUGUAUCACAAGAACCGAUACUUUUUGGUUACAGUAUCGCUGAAAAUAUUGCUUAUGGAGACAAUAGUCGUGUUGUGCCAAUGGAUGAGAUCGUUAGGGCCGCAGAAAAGGCUAAUAUUCAUAGUUUUAUAAAAUCAUUACCAAUGGGUUACGAGACACCAGUGGGUGAUAAGGGAACACAACUGAGUGGUGGACAGAAACAGAGGAUAGCCAUCGCCAGAGCAUUGAUUAGAGAUCCACAGAUACUAUUGCUGGACGAGGCUACCAGUGCUCUGGACUCGGAAAGUGAAAAAGUCGUACAACAGGCACUUGACGAGGCCAGAGAGGGCCGAACCUGUAUAGUGAUCGCACACCGACUCUCAACCAUACAAAAUGCCGAUAAAAUAGUUGUCGUCGCUAAAGGAAAGGUUGUCGAAGAGGGUACUCAUCAACAAUUGUUAGCCAAAAGGGGUGUUUAUUAUGAACUUUAUACCAUUCAAGCGACAGCUAAAUGA